GUAAUUAGACAUAUCGUGUAGCGGCGUAGCAGUAAAACAGUAAAUUAGAGACAGGACGACAAGGGAUUGCCAUCUCUCUCCUUCUCUUCUCUCUCUUUCUAUAUCACAGGGAGAUUAUAUACAUAUAUAUAAUCACAAAUCUUUCUUGAUCAUCUCUUCGAUCAUCCUCGUAUCAGGAGGGCUAAUUCAAUUGUUUGAUCAAGAUACAUUAAGUUAUCAUCUGAGGUGAAAGUUGGAAGCUUUGAAGAUUGUUGAUCAUAUAAGGGCACCAACAACUUGCUGUUAAAAGAUAUGGGACAUCGUAAUAUCCGGUAUAGUGGUCCAAUGGUUGAUAUGGAUAUGGAUCAACAAAGACAACUUCAAUUUAAUCCAUAUGGGAGCACUCCAAACUUUCCACCACCUAACGUGGUAUUACCGACACCUGGAAAUGGCAAUAACUUUGAUGUUCAUUAUCUGCCUGAGCCUCAUGGAUCAUAUGGGAUGAGACAGUACAAUGUCUUUCAGCAUCAACUUCCUGCUGGUAAUAUUAACUUGGCUGCUUCCGCCGCAUCCAACCACUAUAACAUGUACAUGGCCUCUUCAUCUAGUGCCAGAGGUUUCCCUGUAAGGCUAAAUAGUGGGCCACAUGACCAGUAUUUAUCAACUAAUCAUGGGGUUGAAUUUCCUACAGACAUUAAUGGAAGAAAUGCUCACUUUAUAGAUGGGUUGGGAGGUUCAUUCAAGGCAAAGAAUGCAAAUUUUCAGUAUUAUGCCUCAGCUGGGGCGAGUUCUUCAGCUGCUCCUUUGAGUGCGAGACCUGUUGAAUCAAAUGUUGGUACAAUGGAUGCAUCUUUUGCAAUUACUGACAGCAGAGGCCAUGACAUGUCAUCUGUAAUGGAUAUUGGAUCUCAUAGAAGUAUGCGAGACAGAUCUGGUGUUAUUGGCGUUGGUUCCCUGGCGCCACAUAAUACUAACCAUUUGAUAAGAGGACAGUAUCCAGGUCAAGUCUUUCAGACAGCUCCCACUCCUUGGAUAGAUCAGCAAUUAAACAGUAAUGCAGGUGAUGUUGGCGCUCUGACCUGGAACCAGCCACAAGCUGUGCCCUACAUUCAUGGUAACUUUAAUGGAGGUUGUAUGGAGGCAGCCAGUAUGGGUGUAACGGCAUAUCAAGUUACAACUAACAACAGAACUUCUGCAACUUUUCUACCACCUCCUCCCAUGCUCCCAGGGAACUUCAGCCUUCAUCAUCCAUCACCACCACUGCCACCUAUGCAAGGUGUUCGAGGCCGCAGUCUUGAAUUGCAUUCUCAAGUAGCAACAUCUUCACGCAGACCUCCACCGGGUGGCACUUUACAUACCGGUAUGAAUACUUUUCAGGGUUCUGGACACACGAGUUCCAGACUCGUGGGAUCUGUUCAACCAGCUGGCGUACAGAUGCACAGGCCACAACGACGAGAACGAAUACUUGAUGCAAGUGCAAGGCAACACAAUCUUCAUUACUUGAGAGUUCUUCCAGAAGAUGGAGUUGCACUGCUUGAGCUCUCGGACUAUCAUGAAAUGGGUGAUUUUGCUGAUAAUCACAGAGAUAUGCGCUUGGAUAUUGAUCACAUGUCAUAUGAGGAGCUUCUUGCAUUGGGAGAACAGAUUGGCAGCGUGGGCAGUGGCUUGUCUGAGGAUUUUAUUGUUAGUAAUCUAAAGUCAAAAACAUUUACUCCAUCUCCAUCUAGUUCUAACGUGGAAGAAACAACAUCUGUGAAUCAGGAAUUGAACUUCUGCGUCAUAUGCCAGACGGAAUACAAGGAUGAAGAGAAAAUCAGUACCCUUGACUGUGGGCACGAGUAUCAUUUGGAAUGCGUAAAGAAAUGGCUGCUUGUAAAGAACAGUUGUCCCAUAUGCAAAUCUGCGGCAUUGACCACAGGAGGAAGCAAGGAGGAAUGAGAAGUGGUUAAAUGGAUCAAAAGUGAACUUUCAAGGGGAUCUCUUUUUCUAAGUUAAAAGAGAGGACAAGGGUUUAUUUUAAUCUAUGAAUUGGACGUGAGCUCGUAAUCGUAUAUUAUCUAUGCUAUGCUUUUGGAGAAUAAUUUAGACGCACAAGCCUUUUAAACAACUUUUUUACUUGGCCUUUUACCCCCUCAAAACUGUACAGAUGUUUUUUGGUUUUUGUAUAGACCAUUCAGUUACUAAACUGUAACUUAUUACUAAGCUAGGUUGUCAAUACAACAAUGUAGAUAUACAGUGAUUCUCGUAUUUUGUGGUUGCUGGUCACCAACUCAGGAUGACUUUUAACAGGAUCCUAAAAUGGUUUGCCAGCUAGUAUCCGUAUCCGUAUUAUCCGUAUUCGUGCUUAAUAAGUGCGGAAUUGUUUGAAAUUUGGUUACAA